AUGAGAGGGUUGUGGAGAUUUUUUCUCCCGAUUAUUCGAAAAGUAGGUACUACAGUAUCUACUGAGGCACUUAAUACAGGACAGCGCGUACUUGAAAGAGUCCAUGAAGGUCAGCCUAUAAAGGAGGCAUUAGUCAGUGAAGGAAAAAGAGGAAUUGAUACAGUCCUUGAAAAGGGAGGAUUACCAAAACAAUUUGGAACUGGAAGAAAAAGUAUAAAAAGGAAUAAAUUUCCCUCCCAUCAAACAGUUAUUGGCCAAAAGAAAAAACGUGUAGACGCUUUUGGCUUUUAUUAA